GCCACACGUCAGCACAGUGCGCCCUCUGCUCGUGGACUCGUAUUUGUAUAUAUGAUGUGGAUGGAGGAUUGACUUAUAUAAAAAUUAUAUUAGGUUAAUCGUGCAACUUGUAACGUAUCAAAAUAAUUCAUCAAAAUGGUACUUAUCGCCGCAGCGGUCUGCACUAAAGCAGGCAAAACCAUUAUUUCUCGUCAGUUUGUUGAAAUGACAAAAGCCAGGAUAGAAGGUUUACUUGCUGCAUUUCCAAAGUUAAUGAGUUCUGGUAAACAGCAUACAUUUGUAGAAACAGAAUCUGUAAGAUAUGUUUAUCAACCACUGGAAAAAGUGUACAUGUUAUUAAUUACAACAAAAGCUAGCAAUAUAUUAGAAGAUUUAGAAACAUUGAGACUUUUUGCAAGAGUUAUUCCAGAAUACUGUAAUUCAAUAGAUGAGCUGGAAAUAGCUGAGAAUGCAUUCAAUUUGAUAUUUGCAUUUGAUGAGAUUGUUGCUCUUGGUUAUAGAGAAAAUGUGAAUUUAGCACAGAUUAGAACAUUUGUAGAAAUGGAUUCGCAUGAAGAAAAAAUAUAUCAAGCAGUAAGAAUGACUCAGGAAAGAGAAGCUAGAAAUAAAAUGCGUGAGAAAGCAAAGGAAUUACAGAGGCAAAGAAUGGAAGCAAAUAAAAAGAGCGGUGUUAAGAAUCCUGGCUUUGGUAAUUCAUUUGGAAGUAGUAGCAAUUUCACACCGACUCCUAGUGUAGUGGGAGAUACUGCUAACUUUGUACCGGAACCAGUUAGACCUGCAUAUACACCAUCACAGAAACCAGCUAAUGCCGGGCCAGGUGCUAUGAAAUUGGGAGGAAAGUCUCGUGACGUUGAUACUUUCGUUGACCAAUUGAAAGAAGAAGGAGAAAAUGUUGUGACUACACCUUUAUCAACAUCAGAUGCAAAACCAUCAAUUGCCCCACAGACAAUUCAUACAGAACUAGUUCAUCUACGUCAAGAAGAACGACUCAAUGUACGAAUUGGUAGAGAUGGUGGCUUGCAACACUUUGAGCUGCAUGGAUUGGUCACACUACAUAUUUCAGAUGAGAAAUGGGGACGAAUUCGUGUACAAUUAGAAAAUAGCGAUUCAAGAGGAAUUCAAUUACAAACACAUCCCAACGUAGACAAGGAACUAUUCAGAUCGCGUAGCCAAAUAGGUCUAAAGAUUCCUGCAAAACCAUUCCCAUUGAAUACUGAUGUUGGAGUACUAAAGUGGCGUUUACAAGCUCAGGACGAAACAGCGUUACCUAUUUCAAUAAACUGUUGGCCUUCUGAAAAUGGGGAGGGUGGAUGCGACGUCAAUAUAGAGUAUGAAUUAGAACAAGUUAAUCUUGAACUAAAUAAUGUACAAAUAAACAUUCCUCUGCCCAUUGGCUGCAAUCCCAUAGUAAGCGAAUGUGAUGGGCAAUACACACACGAAGCUCGACGAAAUACCCUUGUGUGGUCUCUACCAAUAGUAGAUGCAUCUGCAAAAUCUGGUUCAAUGGAGUUCUCAGCACCUUCUUCUACUCCAUCCGAUUUUUUCCCCCUUAACAUUUCAUUUUCGUCGAAGACAUCGUACGUCAACAUCAAGGUGACAGAAGUUUUGCUUGUUGAAGAUGAAAGUCCUGUAAAACACUCAGUAGAAACAGUUUUCUUUACUGACAACUAUGUAGUGGUAUAAAUACACGGAGAACAAGUUAGCUAUUUGUGUUAAAUGUGUACAAGAUUACCAAGCUAAUCGCUGGCCAUCGACACUUCAAUAAUAAAUAUUUUUUGCUUAAUUAUCAUCGCAAUAACAAUUUUGUUGCAUCGAUUUCAAGCACUGUUUUCGUCAAUGAUGGGGUAUACUAAAAGAAUACUAAACAUUUAUAAAUACUAGAUACCCUAUAAAAAAAGAAGUUCCAUUUAAUACUUGGCUAAUGUCAAACCAUUAAAGAAAACUGUACAUAAAUAUUUUAUAAUUGGUAAUGAGGAAACGUUGAAAGUCUUUUCACAUUUUACAAGUUAAUUGUAUUGCCUAUAAAUAAAAUUUCAGUUGUAGUAGUUUAAA